CCCGGACUCUAGUCGCGGCUCAGAGUCCGUCUGUCCGCGGGUUCCCGGCCCCGCUGUUCCCAGUUAGUUCUCUGAAGCCCGCGGUUCGCCGCCCCGCUCACCGCCGCGAUGCCGGUGUUUCACACGCGCACGAUUGAGAGCAUCCUGGAGCCAGUGGCGCAGCAGAUCUCGCACCUGGUGAUCAUGCACGAGGAAGGCGAGGUGGACGGCAAAGCCAUCCCUGACCUCACCGCGCCCGUGGCCGCCGUGCAGGCGGCCGUCAGCAACCUCGUCCGGGUUGGGAAAGAGACUGUUCAAACCACUGAGGAUCAGAUUUUGAAGAGAGAUAUGCCACCAGCAUUUAUUAAGGUUGAAAAUGCUUGCACCAAGCUUGUCCAGGCAUCCCAGAUGCUUCAGUCAGACCCUUACUCAGUGCCUGCUCGAGAUUAUUUAAUUGACGGGUCGAGGGGCAUCCUCUCCGGCACAUCGGACCUGCUCCUCACCUUCGAUGAGGCUGAGGUUCGUAAAAUUAUUAGAGUUUGCAAAGGAAUUUUGGAAUAUCUUACAGUGGCAGAGGUGGUAGAAACUAUGGAAGAUUUGGUCACUUACACAAAGAACCUUGGACCAGGAAUGACUAAAAUGGCCAAGAUGAUUGAUGAGAGGCAGCAGGAACUGACUCACCAGGAGCACCGAGUGAUGCUGGUGAACUCAAUGAACACCGUGAAAGAGUUGCUGCCAGUUCUCAUUUCAGCUAUGAAGAUUUUUGUAACAACUAAAAACUCCAAAAGCCAAGGAAUAGAAGAAGCUUUGAAAAAUCGAAACUACACUGUAGAAAAGAUGAGUGCUGAAAUUAAUGAGAUCAUUCGUGUAUUACAACUCACUUCUUGGGAUGAAGAUGCCUGGGCCAGCAAGGACACUGAAGCCAUGAAGAGAGCAUUGGCCUCCAUAGAUUCCAAACUGAACCAGGCCAAAGGUUGGCUUCGUGAUCCCAGUGCCUCCGCAGGGGAUGCUGGUGAGCAGGCCAUCAGGCAGAUCUUAGAUGAAGCUGGAAAAGUUGGUGAACUCUGUGCAGGCAAAGAACGUAGAGAGAUCCUGGGAACCUGCAAGAUGCUAGGGCAGAUGACUGACCAAGUGGCUGACCUCCGAGCCAGAGGACAAGGAGCCUCGCCCGUGGCCAUGCAGAAAGCCCAGCAGGUGUCUCAGGGUCUGGACGUGCUCACAGCCAAAGUGGAGAAUGCAGCCCGCAAACUGGAGGCCAUGACAAACUCAAAGCAGAGCAUUGCCAAGAAGAUCGAUGCUGCCCAGAACUGGCUGGCAGAUCCAAACGGUGGACCAGAAGGAGAAGAACAGAUUCGAGGGGCUUUGGCUGAAGCUCGAAAAAUAGCAGACUUAUGUGAUGAUCCUAAAGAGAGAGAUGACAUUCUACGUUCUCUUGGAGAAAUCGCUGCUCUGACUUCUAAAUUAGCAGACUUACGGAGACAGGGGAAAGGAGAUUCCCCAGAGGCCCGAGCAUUGGCCAAGCAGGUGGCCACUGCCCUGCAGAACUUGCAGUCCAAAACCAAUAGGACUGUGGCCAAUAGCAGACCCGCCAAAGCAGCGGUCCACCUUGAGGGCAAGAUUGAGCAAGCACAGCGGUGGAUUGAUAAUCCCACAGUGGACGACCGAGGAGUCGGUCAGGCUGCCAUCCGAGGGCUCGUGGCCGAAGGGCAUCGUCUGGCUAAUGUCAUGAUGGGGCCGUAUCGCCAAGAUCUUCUUGCAAAGUGUGACAGAGUGGACCAGCUGACCGCCCAGCUGGCUGACCUGGCUGCCAGAGGGGAAGGGGAAAGUCCCCAGGCGAGAGCGCUGGCAUCUCAGCUCCAAGACUCCUUAAAGGAUCUGAAAGCCCAGAUGCAGGAGGCCAUGACUCAGGAGGUGUCAGAUGUUUUCAGCGAUACCACAACUCCCAUCAAGCUGUUGGCUGUGGCGCCCAAUAGGGAAGAGGUGUUUGACGAGAGGGCAGCGAACUUUGAGAACCAUUCAGGAAGGCUUGGUGCCACGGCCGAGAAGGCAGCUGCUGUUGGAACUGCUAAUAAGUCAGCGGUGGAAGGCAUUCAGGCUUCAGUGAAGACAGCCCGGGAACUCACGCCCCAGGUCGUCUCCGCUGCUCGCAUCCUGCUCAGGAAUCCUGGAAACCAAGCUGCUUACGAACAUUUUGAGACUAUGAAGAACCAGUGGAUCGAUAAUGUUGAAAAAAUGACAGGGCUGGUGGACGAAGCCAUCGAUACCAAAUCUCUGUUGGAUGCUUCCGAAGAAGCCAUUAAAAAAGACCUGGACAAGUGCAAAGUGGCCAUGGCCAACAUUCAGCCUCAGAUGCUGGUCGCUGGGGCAACCAGCAUUGCUCGCCGGGCCAACCGGAUCCUGCUGGUGGCAAAGAGGGAGGUGGAGAACUCUGAGGAUCCCAAGUUCCGGGAGGCUGUGAAGGCCGCCUCCGACGAACUGAGCAAAACCAUCUCCCCAAUGGUGAUGGAUGCAAAGGCCGUGGCUGGAAACAUUUCUGACCCCGGCCUGCAAAAGAGCUUCCUGGACUCGGGAUAUCGGAUCCUGGGAGCUGUGGCCAAGGUCAGAGAAGCCUUCCAACCCCAGGAGCCUGACUUCCCACCUCCUCCGCCAGACCUUGAGCAGCUCCGCCUGACAGAUGAGUUUGCUCCUCCCAAACCACCCCUGCCUGAGGGGGAGGUCCCUCCGCCCAGGCCCCCACCACCAGAGGAGAAGGAUGAAGAGUUCCCCGAGCAGAAAGCGGAUGAAGAGUUCCCCGAGCAGAAAGCCGGGGAGGUGAUUAACCAGCCAAUGAUGAUGGCUGCCAGGCAGCUCCACGAUGAAGCCUUCCUGCCAUCGACAAAGCCGGGUCCCCCAGCCGCUAAGGUAGGUAUAGGUGUUGUAGCUGAGGCAGACGCGGCUGAUGCUGUUGGGUUCCCUGUCCCCCCUGACAUGGAAGACGAUUAUGAACCUGAGCUGCUGUUAAUACCAUCCAAUCAGCCGGUCAACCAGCCCAUUCUGGCCGCGGCUCAGUCAUUGCAUCGGGAAGCUACCAAGUGGUCUAGUAAGGGCAAUGACAUCAUUGCAGCAGCCAAGCGCAUGGCUCUGCUGAUGGCUGAGAUGUCUCGGCUGGUAAGAGGGGGCAGUGGUACCAAGCGGGCAUUGAUCCAAUGUGCCAAGGACAUCGCCAAGGCCUCAGAUGAGGUGACUCGGUUGGCCAAGGAGGUUGCCAAGCAGUGCACAGAUAAGCGGAUUAGAACCAACCUCUUACAGGUGUGCGAGCGAAUCCCAACCAUAAGCACCCAGCUCAAAAUCCUGUCCACAGUGAAGGCCACCAUGCUGGGCCGGACCAACAUCAGUGAUGAGGAGUCUGAGCAGGCGACGGAGAUGCUGGUUCACAACGCCCAGAACCUCAUGCAGUCUGUGAAGGAGACUGUUCGAGAGGCAGAAGCAGCUUCAAUCAAAAUUCGAACUGAUGCUGGAUUUACACUGCGCUGGGUUAGAAAGACUCCCUGGUACCAGUAGGCACCCGAUUGAACCUGGUUGGCACAGAAACCCCUACUAAACAGUAUGAAAAUGAUCUGAGCUCCAGGAGCCACCCAGAAUUGCUGGGGGGCUGAAAGCCACAUCCUGGCCUGAUAUAACAGAAAGGAAUGGGGCCUCUUCACAUUAGAAAGCAUUUAUUCUCUUGUCAUGGACACUCUGAAAUGUGUCUGCAUCCUCAAACAGUUAUACUCCUGCACAUGCUCCCAAUAGGCAGACUGGGUUCUAGCCCAUGGACUUCACAUAAGCUCAGAAUCCAAGUGUGAACACUAGCCAGACACCCUGCUCUGUCCUUGUUCCCUGUCUGCUUCCUUUCCCCGCUCCCUAUUCCCCCGCCAGGCUCCCGAGACCCAGGGCCCCGGCAAGUCAGUUAAGAAGGAAUCACUAUGCCUCCAAAAUUUGUUUGGGCUUUCCAUGUUGCUGCUGACCUGCUGGUGCUCCCUGGCUGUGCUCCCUGGACCCUUCGGAAGUGAGCCUCACUGCUGUAGGGGAAGCUGGCCUCUGGGGGAGCCUCAGUAUAUGGGUCCUGGAUUCACUUCCUACCCCUCCACAAUUUACUCCUUCUAGUUUCCCACAGGAUAAAAUCCAAUCUCAGUCUGUCGGGAGGAAAUCACAGAGUCAAAAUUGUCUUCUCCGUGCUCCUGAGCAAUGUCUGUGCCAGGGAAACCCCUCGUCCCUAUCCCCCUGCUAUGGCCACCCAAGGUGGCCACCCCAUGAACACACUGUGUCCUGGUGCUCUCUGCCGCUGGAGGGGCAGAGGUGCCGGGAGUCGCUCUGCCCAUCGUCCCAGCAGGGCCACUCCCAGGCGCUUCAUGCUUUGUCACUGCCGGCAGAGGUCUGUGCUGAGGCCUUAUCAUUCAUUCUUAACUCGUAUUGUUCUGAGCUGAAAUGCUGCAUUUAAUUUUUAACCAAAUCAUGUCUCCUAUCCUUGCUUUUAUAUUCUUGCCCCACACCCUGCCUAAACAAGAUUUUUAAAGAUACAUGUUUGUUCUUCUGUAAUUUCGAAAAGAUCCUUUUUAUCCUUUUGAAAUUCAGUCCUCAGAAUUGGUGCUUGCCCCCCAGGAGUGUUUACUGGACAGGCAGUCCUGUCUGAAGGACACUUCUUACCCAAGGGAGAGUGAGUGGUACUUGCAGACUGGAAUUCUGGCGCUGUUGGGGAUGAAUCAAUGGGAAAUAAUCCUCAGUAAUUUCUAUCUCCCUCAACCAACUACAACCAAGCCCCUUGCAUCCUCUGCCCCUCCCAAGUCCUAUUGUUCAAGAGAGUAAUGGGUAAAAUAUUAAAUCAUCACCGUAAGUGUCCUAUUAGCAAAUGAGAGAGAAGAGCUUUUCCUCUUUUGCUUUUAUCACUGCGGUCUAAGCAUCCCCAGCACACGAAAGCGUAUUUCUCCCCAAAGCCAGAACUGGGUGAGCAGAGGAGGAAGAACCCUUGCCUGAAUCCAACGUGGUAGAUCCCAACAUGGAAUGCGUAAGACCUGGUACUGUACACUCAGGCUUCCUCUAUUUCCUAUUAACUGAUGAAGAUUAUUUUCAAGGCCCUCAGCAUAUUUGGAUAGUUGCUUACCUGAUAUAAAUGCAAUAUUAAUGCCUUUAAAGUAUGAAUCUAUGCCAAAGAUCACCUUUUGUUUUACUAAAGAUUACCUAGAGGAAAUAAAACACUUCCAGUUCUUCCAGUGUUUUGAGACACUGGUUUACCCUUUAUGCCGAUGUGCUUUUCUCUAAUAUCAGUGCUCAAGACACAGUGAAGCAAAUUAAAAAAACACACACGCAACAACAACAAAAAAAACCCCCGAAUGAUUAGACAUCACCACUAAAACUACAUUUAUAAGCUAGGAUUUGUUAUAUGCAAAUAUUUUCUGCCUUUUCUUUUGUUCUGUUUAAAACAAUAAAGUGCAUUUGUAUAAA